GAAAUGCUCACUAUUUUCAGUGAUUUAGUAGAUUUUCUGCGGCGUAGUUGCAAAGAUGUUGGCUGUCGCGCUUCUAGUAGCAUUUUUUAUUCAAGUUGGUGUCGGUGAUGAAGACCUAACUGAGGGCUUGGAAUUCCUCAACCAAUACGGGUACAUAUCACAUACGCGAAGCGGCAACCACGAUGUACCCACCGCCAUCAGAAAUUUUCAGGAGUAUUUUGGCCUUCCAGCCAGUGGUAAACUCGAUGACUCGACAAUUAGACUCAUGAAGAAACCACGCUGUGGAAUGCCUGAUCCAACUGGAGAAUCUCGAAAGCGAAGAUAUGUCACCAGAAGCAAAUGGUACAAGACUGAGUUAACGUAUUACGUACAACCUGGCCUGGAUCUACCAGCGGAACAACAAAAAGAGAUAUUUGCUAAGGCACUGCAGUACUGGGCUGACGUUUCCAAGUUAUCAUUCAGAUCAGUUGAAAGUCCCAGUGAAGCUGACAUCAAAAUAAGCUUUGGAACGUACAGCCAUAAUGGUACAAAUGGAGAGAGAAUAUGCCCCUAUCCGUUCAGAGGCGCUGGAGGUGUGUUGGCGCAUGCCUAUUACCCUCGAGAUGGUCGAGCCCAUUUUGACGAGGAUGAAACUUACACACACGACACUAAAUAUGGCGUCAAUCUUCUGUGGGUGGCCACGCACGAAUUUGGACAUUCCCUUGGCCUUGACCACACAAAUGUCCAGGGUGCGAUCAUGUAUCCCUUCUACACAGGCUAUGUACCAGAUAUGAAGCUUCAUUCAGACGACAUUGCUGGGAUACAAUAUCUGUACGGUUCAAACGAUGGUACUGAUGCUGGAGGUGGCGGCCAGACCCCUGCUCCACCUUCUGACUGCGAUGAUAGGUUGGCGUCAUCUUGCCAACCAUAUGUUGAGGCUGGUUAUUGCGACGCUUACCCUUCCAAUAUGAAGUACUGGUGCGAGAAGUCGUGUUCUAAAUGUCAGUGACAUGUCUAGGCAGUGAAAUCAAAGAGUUUACCGAUAUUCCCAGCCUUUGUUUGUCAUUAUGUCUGAAGUAACUUAGCAAUGAAUUACGAAAUAAAGUUUGGCAUCGUAAAUAA